GUUUGGAGUCUCUCGUGAACUCCCCUGACCCGUGCAUCCCUCUGCAGAGGAAGAGCAGGGGGAAGCGGCUUCUUCUGGAAUCCAGUGGUCACAUCGCCAUCAGGAGCCCUGAAUGCCUACCUCCGGUGUCGUCAACAUGGAGUUCUGAAGUCCAUGUGGCUCCUUACAGUGAACAAGGUCUUAAGGAAAAUGCAGAGACGCCACAGCAGUAACACGGAUAACAUUCCACCUGAAAGAAACCGCAGCCAAGCACUCAGCUCCGAGGCAAGCGUGGAUGAAGGGGGCGUCUUUGAGAGUCUGAAGGCAGAAGUGGCCUCCCCGCCAGCGCUCUUCUCCAGCCUUUCCGGCCUCCCAACAGGCAGCCUUCCCACUCCCCCAUUCCCAUCCAGCCUGGUGCUGGGGGCCUCGGCCGGCGGCGGGGACGUGUUCAUCCAGAUGCCCGCGUCCAGGGAGGAAGGCGGGGGGCGGGGCGAGGGGGGCGCCUACCACCACCGCCAGCCCCACCACCACUUCCACCACAGCGGCCACCGGGGAAGUUCGCUGCUGCAGCAUGUGGGUGGGGACCACCGUGCUCACUCAGACGAGGGGAGUGACGAACAGCCCAGCACUCCCGCCCCUGCCCUGUCCGAGCUGAAGGCUGUGGUCUGCUGGCUCCAGAAAGGGCUGCCCUUCAUCCUGAUCCUCCUGGCCAAACUGUGCUUCCAGCAUAAGCUCGGCAUUGCCGUGUGCAUCGGGAUGGCCAGCACCUUUGCCUACGCCAACUCAACGCUCCGAGAACAGGUCUCUCUGAAGGAGAAGAGGUCGGUGCUGGUUAUCUUGUGGAUCUUGGCCUUUCUGGCAGGCAACACCCUCUAUGUACUCUAUACGUUCAGUUCCCAGCAGCUGUACAACAGCCUCAUAUUUCUAAAGCCCAACCUGGAGACUCUAGACUUCUUCGACCUGCUGUGGAUUGUAGGGAUCGCAGACUUUGUGCUGAAGUACAUCACCAUCGCCCUCAAGUGCCUCAUCGUGGCCCUGCCCAAGAUUGUCCUGGCCGUCAAGUCCAAGGGAAAGUUCUAUCUGGUCAUCGAGGAGUUGAGCCAGCUGUUCCGAUCGCUUGUCCCCAUCCAGCUGUGGUAUAAAUACAUCAUGGGGGACGACACCUCCAACAGCUACUUUCUGGGAGGGGUCCUCAUGAUCCUCUACAGCCUCUGCAAGUCCUUUGACAUCUGUGGCCGUGUGGGUGGAGUUAGGAAAGCCUUGAAGCUUCUCUGCACCUCUCAGAAUUACGGCGUCCGGGCCACUGGGCAACAAUGCACAGAAGCCGGCGAUAUCUGUGCCAUCUGCCAGGCUGAGUUCCGGGAGCCUCUGAUCCUUAUGUGCCAGCACGUGUUCUGUGAGGAGUGCCUCUGCCUCUGGCUGGAUCGUGAGCGCACCUGCCCACUCUGCCGCUCCGUUGCCGUGGACACCCUGCGCUGCUGGAAGGAUGGGGCUACUUCGGCACACUUCCAGGUGUAUUAGGGCUAAAGCUGCGGCACACCCAGGGAGAUGGCGGAGGGCCAGUGUCGUUGGGUCCAGCUCGGGGGACUUCCUGGAAAACAGGCCGCAAGACGGACUGUCCUGCCUCUUGCUUUCUCCACCUCCUCCCCUAAAGCCGGGCCACUGUCCUUCCCACCUUCACCUUCCCCUCUUGGUCUGUGGUCCAGUGUGUGCAUCCCUCCCCUACAAAGGGGGAACCUCCUAUUUCAGAUUCGGUCUCCUCCCAGGUAGGUCUCCGACCCCCUCCAAGUCAAGAAACUGGAAAUAGUCAGGGCCCCACCUGUUGCAGCGUAUUUUAACUGGAGUUGACCAAAUAUGUGAUGCUGCAAACUGGGGCGGGGCCUAGAGAUCACUGUCUCCCCCCAAAUGGCCCAGGGCUACAGAUAAGGAUCGCUGUGAAGUCCUUUUCAAACACAAAUGCCGGGCCCCACCUUCUACCUACAAUAACUUAGUGUAUCAGAUACUUAGAGUGAGCCAGGCACAGCACCUAGCGUCCUGCCUGAAUGAUGUCCUGUGAUCCUCACGACAGCUCGGGGGUAGACAUAUUGUUUCCUCCAUUGUACAGCUGAGGAGACUGAGGCACCGAGCUCGAUGUGGUAGCUAUGCCAGGGUCACCCAGCUGGCAAUGGUGGGCCGAGUUUCCAGCCCAGGCCUGUCUGGCUUCAGAGCCCACGCUCUUAACCACCGUGCUGGCCCGCUGCUCAGACACUGAAGGUGCGGGGCCUGGCAGACAUGGUUUCGUAAAAGCGCAAAAGGUGAUUUUGAUGUCCACGGUGGCCCAGGUAUCCUGAGAAUGCUCAUGGUGAAUGCUAGCUCCUGAAAUUGAACUGUGGCUGGGCCCACAGAAAGACUUGGUCCUAAAAUGGCUAUUUUCCCAGGCUCUGGGCUGGGAUGCUUAGCGCUGUGUGGGUACCAAAACAGACCAGCUUUGGCCCAAAGGCAGAUCCCACUGGGUCUCCACACCCAUCUGUGUUUCUCUCCUCCUCUGGUUCUUGUCCUCUCCCUCUCCUAAAUCUCAGGCUUGUCAACCGCGCUUUUGGAUGUCACUUCUCCCGUGGUAGCCUUCAGAGCAAAAGGGACAAUCCACAUUACGGAUUUGUCCACAAGCCCAGGUGUUGGCAGAGAGCACAAAGCCAUGAGUAUUUCUGUAAUCUCUGUAGCAGCUACUAAUCUCUACGACAGAACAGCUUCCCUCCCUGCUUUGAAAGCUGGGAGUGGCACAGGUGAUCACAUAGAAGCCACUGGAAUCUUGCCGGCCCGGCCCCUCUCCCAACUCGCUUCUCUCAUUGUCAACCUCAGCACAACAGGCUGGCGCCCACACCAUUACAGACAAAGCAAUCUGGGUGGCUAGUGAGCGGAUUAGCAAGAAAGCCCCAGAAGAAACGGUGGGAGCCUCCGCCACCUUACUCUCAGCCAGUAUUAAUAUGCCCACCCCAUCCCCAAUAGAUUCAGGACAUUUGCCCCUGUGUGCUAUCAAGCCAGGACCUUUUUUUUUCCCUGACAUCCUUGGCUCUCUUCGGGUACCCAGCAAGACAUCCCUUCCAGGGCAGCGUGGCAUCUUUCAAGCUCUGUUACUAUGGCAAUGGCCAUGAUGUUACAAUCCCACUUGCCUGGAUAAUCAAGUCGGAAGGGGAAGCGGAGGGAAAUAGGGCCUGGUGGCUGUGGCUGCUCUGUCCCCCCCUUACACACACACACACCACACACACAAUGCACAUGCACGCACACACGCCUUGAGGAAGAACCAAAGGCAAGCAACAAGAGCUUCGGCAGCUGGUUUUUAUCAGAAAGAUCUCCCUGCCUGCAGAUGCCGUCAAAGAGGCAUGAGAAAUUGGAGCUGGAGAAGACUUAUUAAAGUGGCAGCGUGUGAAGGAGCAGAUAGAGCAUUCUGUUGGGAAUCAGGCCUGGAAUUCUGGAUUCUAAACUCGGCACGACUUUGCGAAAUCCCUUCAUCUCCCUGUGGCCAUCGCCAGGGUGACAAAAAGCUAGUGUAUCAUCUACUGGAACCAGGGAAAUUAACAGUGUCGGUUACUGGUGAAUACACCAAUGGGGUUUGUCAGUGACACUCAUGCCACGCCAAAAAAAAAAAAUCUGACAUUCUGCAAAUACCAAGCCAUGCCUCUGACACUAUAGUGUCCCAUGUAGGGGACACUCUGGGGCAGGUGGGAUGAUUUAAUUUAGGAUUUUGUUUAUCCCCUACCCUCUGGGGAAGAGUCCUGUUUGGAGGUUUUCUUUCAGGUAGGAGGAUUUAACUUCUGCUCUAGGGAGGAACAGUGGCCAGCGCAGGGUUUUCCAAACAUCACCCCAUGUGUGUUCCCAACAUGAGUGUCCAAGAGUCGCUGUUGGAAAGGAAGAACAAUGCCACUCUCCCUUACCUGUCUUGGCUCUGAAUCUCAUUUGUUAUAAGCAGAAUCCAUCGAGUAUCAGAUCUGAGUACCCUGCUCUUCAUAUUUUAUGAUUCACUGACUCAAGUUCCACGAAGUCCUUGGAAAUGGCCUCCCUAAUGUAAAAGGUCUUGAGCAUCGUAAGUGCGAGGGAAUAAAAAGGCAGGCUUUGCGCCUGGAUGUAACAGGUUCAUCACCUUCCUAAGUGGAGAGUGAGAGAGGCAUUGGAAGAACUCCAGGCUGCUGAGACUCCGGUGGGAAAGAGGAAAUGUAAAGCGAGUCCUGGAAUCGCUCAGGACUUUUUGCUCUGGGCCAAACAGCCGCCUUUGGUGUUUUUAAUGUCCCCCUAAGUUCCAUUCUGCCAAUAAAUGUCACCUGUCG